CAGACGUCCUGGCUGGCGCUGCCCAGGCAAAUCCAUCCCCAAGCUGCUGGCAAGGCUGGGCAGCGCGGCGGCACCACCGUGGCAGAGGCCCCAGUUAACCCGCCGUGCCUGUGUCCCCCUGGUGCUAGGUACACGGUGCUCUUCUCGCAUGGCAACGCUGUGGACCUGGGGCAGAUGAGCAGCUUCUACAUCGGGCUGGGCACCCGCAUCAACUGCAACAUCUUCUCCUACGACUACUCGGGCUACGGCGUGAGCACAGGCAAGCCCUCGGAGAGGAACCUCUACUCUGACAUUGAUGCCGCGUGGCAGGCACUGCGGACGCGGUAUGGAAUCAGCCCGGAGAACAUAAUUUUGUAUGGACAAAGCAUCGGCACAGUGCCCACGGUUGAUCUGGCCUCCCGCUAUGAGUGCGCUGCCAUUGUGCUCCACUCCCCGCUCACCUCUGGCAUGAGAGUUGCCUUCCCCGAGACCAAGAAGACCUACUGGUUCGAUGCCUUCCCCAACAUCGAGAAGAUCUCCAAAAUCACCUCUCCUGUCCUCAUCAUCCACGGCACGGAGGACGAAGUCAUCGACUUCUCCCACGGCCUGGCGCUCUUCGAACGCUGCCCCAAGGCUGUGGAGCCGCUGUGGGUGGACGGGGCCGGGCACAAUGACAUUGAACUCUACAGCCAGUACCUCGAGCGCCUUCGGAAAUUCAUCUCCCAGGAGCUGGCCAGCCAGCGCAACUAGCUGCGGGGCAGGGGGACAGGCCGGGGGUUUCUGCCUGUUUCUCCAGUUCUCCCAGUGUCCCUCCCCAGUCCCUGCUGCUGAAGGUGCAAUGAGUUUGUACAGCCUCAGCUCCAGGCUCGGGAGAGGGCUGGAGGCCCUGGAGUGGGACGGUGCGUUUCCUCUUGGACACGAGCACAACUCUCCUCCCUCACGGUGUCAGCC